AUGUCUACAAGAAGAUAUGCAGAUCCUGUAAAUGUCAAACGAAUAUGGGACUCUAUAAGAUCUUCAAAACAAAUUCAAGUCGAUUAUAUUAGGAUUAUAAAAUAUAUUCAAAACGAUGAAGAAUGUUCCCCCACUCAUGCAGAGUUGUAUGUUAAACAAUGUCUAAAGGACAAACUUAUAUUAUUAUGUAAGGGUACUGGAAAACUGUCAGAUCCUCAGACGACAUUUAGAAUAACAAAUCAAGAACUGCCGGAUUUCGACGACAUUGACUGGUACUGCUUCGAGUGCCAUCGCGCGGGCGAGGUGAAACGAUGCGAGAAAUGUCACAGGGUAUACCACCCGCAUUGCGUCUUGAAGGCGCGCCGCCGCUACGACGCCUACCGCAAAACCAACAACUACAACCUCUACAAGAGCAAGACGAAAACGGCGCCCGAGACCUCCAUCAACAUAUCCUCGGAUUCCGACGAGGUUUUCAACAUCGAGGAGGCCGCGGCCGGAAAACCGACCGACAGGGUGACCUCCUCGGCCGACCGCCAGAAACAAAUGACGGACAAGGAGAACUACGUCUACAACGAAGAGCUCUGUAGCGUUUGCAACAUCAAGAAUGUGGAUACCGGAUGCGAUUUGGAGACGACGGAAAUGAACUACCUCCUGAAGUUCGUGCUGGACAGAAUUAGAUCAUGGCUUCCGAACACGUUGACCCACACCAUGGCCCAAGAGGACCGCCCCGAUUGGCUGACUGACGCGGAACUGACGUGGAGAGCGAACCAAUUGUUUUUCGAGCACAAGGAUAUGUCCGUUAUCGAAGUGAAUUUGAACAACGAAACGUACACUUUGCUAGCGGAAUUCGUGGCCGACGUCUACACCGUCCAACACAACGUUGCCAUAUUUCACGGUCUGGAAUCUCAGGAGUACGGUGCUUCAGAACUGAUGCUGCGCGAUACUUUGCACGAUUUGACCGAACUGAAAAACUGCGCGGACUGUUACAAGCACAGCAACGAAAAAAUCAACCAGAGGUGGUUUUGCUUACCGUGCAGAAACCCGCACGACCUAGUCUGGGCCAAGCAGAAAGGCUACCCCUACUGGCCGGCAAAAAUUCUGCGCGAGUGCGACAAGCAUUUUGACGUUCGUUUUUUCGGCGGAAAAUACGAGAGGGCCAUGCUGAUGAAGAAUUACGUCAAGCCCAUUUCCGUUCCCAAGGAAACUCUGCAGAUUAAAGCGAGCGCGGCUUUCACCAAAUCAUUGGAAGAGUUGGAGUUUCAUAAACUCCUUUUGAAUAGCGCGGAAGAAUUGGAAAAAUUCAAGGCCAGUUCGAAACCUACGAGGAAAACUUUGAGCAAGCAAAGGAAUUCUUUGUUGAACGUUUCGCCGGAAAAUUUGAAGAAAACCGGCAAGAAAAAACAAGCGCAGGAUGACAGUUUUCAAGAGACUGCUUCCUCCAGGUUGAAGGGGAAGAAAAAACGCGGUAGGCCGUUUAGGACUUCCAGGGAAAAAGCGUCCGUUUCCCCUGAAAAAAGGGCGAGGACUUCGAAUGAGGCGGGGGAAGAGGGGGAAAGUUCCAUUUCCGGUAAUAUUAUCGACAUUUCCGAUGGUGACGACGACGAGGAACAUUCGGAGUAUUCCUUUAGGGAGAGCGGAUUCGGGAAUGGACCAUAUUUGCUUGAAGAUGGUUUUGAACCAGUUUCGAGUUCAACAGAGAACUUUAGAAACCAAGAAGCAGUAGGCUCAACAAAUAUAGAAAACGUAAUGCAAAGACUGGAUCAACCUUAUUGCGAUGCCGUGGAAAAAAUGAGAAGGGUUCUAGAAACACUACCAGAUAAAAAAAGUAUUAUCAAACAAGCCAUGAGCAGCAUGCAGUUGGAAAUGGACAAAAUUACAAACGCCCACAAUGACACCUUAAAAAGACUGUUCGAGUCGCAUAACAACCAAAUUUCCGAAACCAAGAAAAAACAAUGGUGCUACAACUGCGAGCAGGACGCCAUCUACCACUGCUGCUGGAACACCGCGUACUGUUCGCAGCUGUGCCAGCAACAGCACUGGCAGGCUGAGCACAAAAAAGUUUGCAGGCGCAAACGCCCGGACGGAAAAGAGUUAGUUUUUGUCUGA